AUGUCAAAAUGCAAUAAAGUGAAAAACCCCUGUAAGAUUUGCUUGGGUCCGGUGUCUCAAAAAACUGGGCUACAAUGCGAGGGUGCUUGUGACAGCUGGGUGCACUACGGUUGUCUACAUUACACUCCGGGCAGAAUAAAUGACAUCAGGAAAGGUAUAAUCAAAGUAACUUGCCCGUGUCCUGAUUGUAAGUCAAUCCAACCGAAAGAAUAUAGAACUGACGAAGCAUUUAGUUGUGAUAACAGCUAUUGUCCUGCCAAUCGACCGCCGAGGUGCGAAAACACGACAUGCCCUACUAAUUCUGAUAAAGAGAAGGCUAAUAAUAACUCAGCAUCAAAGCCGUGUCCCUUGGGGAGGUGCGGCGCUGGUUGCAAGCAGCACAGCAGCCCCCAAGUACCUAGUGCGCCCCCCCCGCAAUAUUCUCCGGCAUGCGUACAGCAUGAGAGGAAGCCUCUACCCCCGCCUACGGGUCGCUGUGUGCCAGACUGUCCCUCAGACGCGUCCAAUGAUUCGUACAUUCCCGGAGAUUUGGCCGUGAACACCGGAAGAAACGAUUCAGUUCAAGUGGUGGAAGACAUGUGCAAGACUGUUGGACAAUUGACCAAUCAAAUCAACGAGCUGAUGUGCAAGAUGAAGGAAUUGGUCGGCGAAAAGGGGCCCAAUCAAGAUGGGUGCUAUCCCUCGGGAAACCACAAGAGCUGCGACAAAAAAGGGCCGAAAGCCCAAUGCCCUAAGCCCUGUUAUUGCCCAGGAAACCCUGCUAAAAAGAAAUAA